CGGGCCCGCGGCCCCGCCCUGCGGCCAGGCCGGGAGGCGGCGGCGGAGACAGAGGUACAGGUGCCUCCGCCCGGCGACCGCCGCCCGCCAGCCCGCCCGCCUUGGCACCAGGCCUUCACGGCCCCUCUCCCGCCUCACACUCCGGCCUCCUCACCGCCCGGCCAAAUGCAGGCCGUCGCCCUCCCCGAGGAGAUCCGUUGGCUCAUGGAAGAUGCUGAGGAGUUCUUGGCAGAAGGUUUGCGGAAUGAGAACCUCAGUGCUACUGCAAGGGACCACAGAGACCAUAUACUAAGGGGCUUCCAGCAAAUCAAAACUAGGUACUAUUGGGAUUUUCAGCCCCAAGGGGGAGACCAAGCUGAAAGUUUCCUUGGACAGGACAGCUCUGAUGAUAACCAUAGUGGAACUCAUGGCCCCUCUCUCACAUCAGAUGCACCUUUUUUGCCCGAUUAUCAGGAUGAGGGAGUGGAAGACAUCACAAGAGGAGCUCAAGAGCUGGAUAACAUCAUCAAGCAAGGAUACUUGGAGAAGAAAAGCAAAGAUCAUAGUUUCUUUGGAUCGGAAUGGCAGAAACGAUGGUGUGUCAUCAGCAGAGGCCUCUUCUACUACUAUGCUAACGAGAAAAGCAAGCAGCCCAAAGGGACCUUUCUCAUUAAGGACUACAGUGUCCGGAUGGCCCCGCACCUGCGAAAAGAUUCCAAGAAAGAAUCCUGCUUUGAACUGACCUCCCAGGACAGGCGCAGCUAUGAGUUUACAGCUGCUAAUCCAGCUGAGGCCAGAGACUGGGUGGAUCAAAUAAGUUUCUUGUUAAAGGAUCUGAGCUCCUUAACCAUUCCAUAUGAAGAGGAGGAGGAAAAGGAGGAAGAAGAAGAGAUGUAUGACGAUAUUGAUGGCCUUGACUCCCCGAAUUCCAGUUCCCAGUGCAGACCCGUCAUCUUGCCUGGGAGUGUGGGGCUAAAAGAGCCCACAAAGGAGGAGGAAGAAGAUAUUUAUGAAGUCUUGCCAGAUGAAGAGCACGAUCUGGAAGAGGAAGAGAAUGGGACUCCACAUAAAGGAGUGGACUAUACCAAUUAUUACCAGGGCCUGUGGGAUUGCCAUGGUGACCAGCCAGAUGAACUAUCCUUCCAACGGGGUGACCUCAUCUACAUUCUGAGCAAGGAGUAUAACAUGUAUGGCUGGUGGGUAGGAGAACUGAACAGCCUCAUUGGGAUUGUUCCAAAGGAGUAUCUCACCACUGCCUUUGAGACGGAAGAAAGAUGAAACCCAGGACACAUAUCCUUGUCUCUACCCUGCCUUUUUGAAGAGACUGCUCAUCAGGAGUUCCUAUCCGGCCCCCCUCCCCAGACACCCCACCAACACCAUGGACUCUUCUCUUGACUG